AUGCUUUAUGCAUCUAAAAUGGAGGUAUCUUUAUUUAAUUUUUAUUAGAUAGUAGAAACCAAGUAUAUAACUGAAUUUGAAAAGAUGCCAAUCAUCGAUAUUUUAUAAAUUCAAACUAUUAAAUGGAAAUAAAUGUGUAUUAUUAUUCAAUGA